AUGCAGCGUAGACCGGGGUUGGGCGAGUUUAGGCAACAUUCAAACCCGGACGACGACGAUGCCAUGGCCGAAGCUAGGGCUCUGCGGAAUGCCUCUAGUCGACGAGGCCAGACCUCCAUUACACACCUGCUCAACUAUACCUUGCCACCGCGAGCCUACGCCGACCAUAAUUCGUACGCCAGAAACUACAGGCGCAAUCCGACCUGGGGACCCGGCUCGGGCCACCAUGCUGUGGACAAGGCGAGAUACGUCCAUGCAAACUACAGAUUCGUCGUGUCACCGGAAGGCAACUAUGCCAGCCAAGCGGCCGAUGCUGAUGUGCACAUCGACUGGAACAACGUUUUGCAGAUUCUGGCCUCGUCGGAAUCACAGGGCGCUAGCUGUCCGAUUUGCCUGUCGGAGCCGGUAGCGCCGAGAAUGGCAAAGUGCGGUCAUAUUUUCUGCCUGCCCUGUCUGAUUCGAUUCAUGAACUCUGCAGACGAGGACUCGAAGCCUGGAAAGGGCGCGAGAUGGAAGAAAUGCCCUCUUUGUGAGGACAGCGUUUACCUACACGAGACACGGCCCGUGCGGUUCUAUGCGGGACAGGAGAGCCCUCUGCCGCGUGUUGGGGACGACGUGGUGCUCCGGCUGAUGGCCCGGACAGCCAAGUCGACUCUUGCGCUGCCGUGGGAGAACGGCUCGGAUGCGCUGAACGUAGCGGACGAUGUGCCUUGGCAUUUUGCGGCAAAUGUAUUGGACUAUGCCCGGAUCAUGAAGGGAACAGGAGACUACAUGGCAGAGCAGUACAAUGAGGAGAUCGAAGCGUUGCGGAAGCAGGGAACCGAAGACCAGCUUCUGUACCAUGAGGACGAUGAAUGGACCCAGAAGGCUAUACGAGCUAUCAAUGCGGCCAAGGAGAAGGUGCAGGACCUCGGCAAGAACGACUCUAUGCUACCGAACAAGAAGCCGGGCCAGAGCAAAACCGUCCAGCCUGACUUCUAUUUCUACUCGUCACAGCCACAUCUCUACCUUUCGGCCCUAGAUAUCAGGAUCCUCAAGACGAAGUACGGCGACUUUUCGGCAUUCCCAACAACGUUGUUGCCCCGGGUCGAGCAUAUUUCGACCGGCCAUGUAUUGGAUGAAGUACAACGGAAGCGCGCCAAGUAUUUGGGGCAUCUUCCCUACGGAUGCCGCAUCAGUUUUCUUGAAUGCGACUGGACGGACAUCGUGCCGGCAGAAGUUCUUGAGAAGUUCGCCGACGAAAUCGGUCGGCGGAGGAAGCGGAAUCGCGACAAGGCCGUACAGGAGGAACGCGAGAGGCUUCAGUUCGAAAGGAUUGAAGCUGCCCAAUUCAAGAGCACCGCGGCCAUAAGACGCGAAUAUGGUCCCAUUGAGGAAGAUCAGGUCCCUGCGUUGAAUCUGGAAGAAUUCCAGCCUCUCACAAGCCAUGCUGGCGCCACGCCGCCAGAUCCUCGUCCAGGCUUCGAGCACUUGGCGUCCAUUUCGACAAGUCCCUCCACACAGAAGACUGUGUGGGGCACGCAUGUCGUGCAUGGGUCACCGGACCUUGCUCCGGCCUCACUCCGUCAAGUUGACGAUGGGUGGUUAAAGGAGGAAGACUUCCUUGAUGCCGCCGAGUUAUCUUUCCAGAUGGAGGCACUUGGUGUGACCGAGCCUGGACCUUCCAGCAGCAGUACUCCUGUAGGAGUAGGUGCUGCUGGUGGUGGCGGCGGUGGCGGUGGCGGUGGCGGUGGCGGCAAGGGAAAGAAGAAGAAGCAGAAGAUCACGUUGAUGAGUACUGGCGGGCGCAGACAGGGCUAA